UUGCAAUAAUAGUAAACAAAUGGUUUGCUGUGUGUGUCAGUCGAGUGACACAUAUGUGUGACAAUCACUCAUCCAUUAAGACAUCGAUUGUCUCAACCAUUGCCUGCAGAGCAUCGGAUCCGUUGACGAAGUGGUGACGAAAUGGAGUCCGUAUUGAACCGAAUCCGAGACACCGUGUCGUCGACUGUGAUUCAGGUGACGUCCAACUUGUCGACAGCACUUCCCGGCAAUCCGUUGACCCGCGAGUACGACCUCAUCCGACACGUGGCCUCUGCCGGCCCUCACCUCUGCCUCAAGAUCUUCGACGCCAUGAAGAAGAGCACCAAAGAGGAGGCGGCGCUCUUCGUGUGCGACAAGAAGUCGUUGGACCAGAGGGUCGGCAAAAAGGAGAAGGAAAUGGUGUUAGAGAUCAUCCGCAAAGGGGUGAACCAAUUGACGCGAUUAAGACAUCCAUCGCUUCUCACGAUUCAACACAACAUCGAAGAGAGUCGCGACUCAAUAGCCUUCGCCGCGGAACCGGUGAUGGCCAGUUUGGCUAACCUAUUGGGCGCUCGUGACAACACUCCCACUCCCAUCAGCCCUGAGAUCGAGAACUACGAGUUCUUUGACGUUGAGAUCAAAUACGGUUUACUGAAGGUAUCGGAAGGGCUGGCAUUCCUGCACAACGACUGCAAACUCUUGCACCGAAACCUGUGUCCCGAGUCUAUAGUCGUCAACCGGAACGGCGUUUGGAAGAUAUCGGGCUUUGACUUCUGCGCCCAGACUAUCGGCGCCAAUGAGAGUCCACUCAAGUUUCCGCACUUAAAUGUAUUGAACUAUUCAGACAUUCCGGCCAUUUGUCAGCCAAACCCCGAUUACUUGGCGCCCGAGUAUCUGGAAAGGGAUGUGACGAGUGUGGAGACGAGCGCCGAUAUGUUCUCUUUAGGCUUACUUACGUUCACGUGUUAUAAUAAAGGCAAACCACUGCUCCCCAGCGCCGGUAAUCUUAGCUUAAGAAGUGUGGAGCAGUUUAAACGCCUGCCCGCCUCCACCUUCAACUGUAUUCCCGAAGACUCGAGAAGUCAUAUAAAAUUGUUGCUCAGUUUGGACGCGAGACUACGUCCCGAUGCGAUCCAGUUCUCGAAACUCCACUUCUUUGAAGACGUUUUAGUGAAGACAUUGCAAUAUUUGGACGCUUUGUUCCAAUGGGAUAACCUUCAGAAGAGUCAGUUCUACAAAGGGUUGCCCGAAGUGUUGUCCCAAAUGCCAAAACGCGUGAAACUCAAUCGCGUGGUCUCCAGUCUGGCCAAAGAGUAUGUCAAUCCAGAUAUGAUUCCCUUUGUUUUGCCAAACAUUCUGCUCAUCGCCAAAGAGACCGAUGACGAGGAGUUCCAGAAGUGGAUUAUUCCCGACUUAGUCACUGUGUUUAAGCACAAGGAGCCCAUUCAGAUCGGCAUCAUUUUGAUGCAAAACAUGGAUUUCUUGGUCUCCAAAUUCAAAUCAAAACCCGAUUCCCUUCGCGAACACAUUCUUCCGCUUAUAUAUCGUUCACUUGAUUCAGACGCUCAACAAAUACAAGAACUUUGUUUAUCAGUAAUUCCAUCGAUGGCUCAUCUCAUAGACUAUACAGCAAUGAAGAACUCGUUGUUACCCAGACUUAAGACUAUUAUUCUUAAUACUAAACUCUUAUCGGUUCGCGUAAACUGUUUGAUAUGUUUGGGAAAGAUUUUGGAGCAUUUGGACAAAUGGUUGGUUCUCGACGAAGUACUUCCCAUUCUCGCUAACGUUCCCUCGAGGGAACCGGCAGUUAUCAUGGCAUCUCUUGCCAUUUAUAAGCUGACGAUGAAUAGCAACAAAUUAGGUCUGACUAAAGAGGUGAUGGCAACAAAGGUUGUGCCAUAUCUAGUGCCCCUUUCCAUUGAAAACGGAUUAUCUUUACAACAAUUUCAGUCGAUUAUGUGUUUGGUUCGCGAGAUGUUGUGUAAGAUAGAGGACGAGCAGCAGACAAAGUUAGAGCAAUUGAAUUCAAUUAAAUCACAACAACAGUCACUAUUCAAUUCGACCCAAAAGUCGCCCACUUUUGACAACUUAUCGCAACUGACGAACAACUCCACCAGCGCUCCGGUUAUCACUAAUAAUAGCACCGCAUCUGCGCUCACUUUAGAGGAUAAGGAAAGACUCGCCAAACAGAGCGAACAGAACGAGAGAUUGAGGGCUCAGUCGGCUUUAGUGCCGCAAACCGUGAAAUCGAUGGAAACGGCGCCAAAACCUAGAGAUUUGACGUCUACUCUGAUCAAUUCAAAUCUCUCUAAUCUGUCACUCAAUUCAAUGCAAAUGUCAGCACAACAGCAGACCUUCAAUCCCUCGUUCACUAGUCAUUUGAAUAGUCAGUUCAAUGCCUUCCCAAUGCAAUCGCAGACCAAUUCCGUUCAGUUCCCGACCACCGCUUCCAAUGCAUUCCAGUCUCUGCCGCCACAACCAUCACAGCAACCCUUUCGACCAAAUAUGACAUCUUUUGAUAAUCUAAUGAUUCCGGGCAUCACAAAGACUACUAAUUCUCAACCAAUGAGAGCAAUGAAUACUAACUCUAAUUCUAUGAACAACUGGUCCACUAAUAUGAGCCCUCUUAUGGCAAAUGCAAACAGUAUUGGUUUAAAUCAACAAAACAGUCAAUCUUUUGGUGCAUUCGUGGACUCGAAUUCGAGCGCAAAACAGACCAAACAGUUAUCGAAGAGCGAACUCGAAGACUUCCUCGGCUGAGACACCACUCAGACAUACAUUGAAAUAUUUGAACACAUUAUCAAUGAA